UUUAUGUAGAUCGUAUAUUGGUAUCACUGCCAUGGGUUGCAACUAACCUCCAUUUUAUGAGGUUGGGGAAGCAAUCAGAAGAAUUUAAAGAAUACGAAAUUAAGAAAUAUCAAUAAUAUUCAAAAUGAUAUUCUCAUUACGUAUGAUUGCUAGGAAUAGCAUUUAUCAAUUUCGUCAGUUUCACAAAUGUGUCGUCGUUUGUCAGUCAGAUGCAGCACCAGUUGCAUCAACAAGACCGACAGAAAAUUUGACUAUACCGGUACCAGAAGGUAUGGAUAAACCGGUUAGUGCUAAAUUGGACCAAAUAGCUAAAGAUAUAAUAAGUCUUAAUCUUAUUGAAGUGAUGGAGUUAAGCAAUUUAUUAAAAAAGCGACUAAAUUUACCUGAUGCUCCGGUGAUGCCUGUUGGAGGUUUUGUAUCUGCACCGAAACAAGAGGAAGAAGAUGCCCCGAAAAUAGUAAAAACUUCUUUUACCGUUAAAUUGUUGAAAUUCGACGAGAAACAGAAAGUUCCUCUCAUUAAAGAAAUUAAAAAUUUGUUACCCAACACAAAUCUCGUACAGGCUAAGAAAUUUAUUGAAAGCAUACCGGUGGUUGUGAUGGCAGACAUUUCCAAAGAAGAAGCAGAUAAACUUAAAGAAACUAUUAGUAAAGUAGGUGGAGAAGUUGAAAUUACGUAAUUUGGUAAUUUAACAUUAUAAUUAAUCUUCAUGUAUUUUGUAUUAAUAAAUUGUAUAAAUUAUCGAAAAUUCAUAUAUAGUUUAGAAAAUAAGAUACUUUUAUGGUUGUACGGUGAUUUGAAAAUUAAAUUUUUAGCUAUUAUAAAUCUUAA